UUGCCCUCGGCAGUACAAACACCAAGAACGGAACAUCUCGGCCCUGGGCAGCAGACUUCGUGCGCCAAGAGGACUCCGGCCGGAUUGUGCUUCUCCACGGACCACCUGGCGUUGGCAAAACUUAUAGAUAUUGGAAAUAAAGAGAUUACUGUGGAGCAGAGGCUGUCUAAGUGGUUCCGCUUAGCCAAACUAUGGGAAGCUGUUGUAGUUAUUGAUAAGGUCGACGCGUUCCUGGAGAGAAGAUCAGGAGGCGACUUAAAGAGGAACAGCAUAGUGUCUGUUUUCACGAAGUUUAUGGAGAAUUAUCGCGGUUUUCUCUUCUUAACAACUAACCGGGUCGGCGCAUUCGAUGAAGGCCUCGUGUCGCGUAUUCACGCAACAAUCCGUUACUAUACCUUUACGGCUGAUAUCCGACGUCGCAUGUGGCAGCAAAUGUUCCAGAAGCUGGAGGCUGAGCGGCGCGAAACCAUCAAAAUUUCGCGCGAGGCAGUGAGAUUUGUACUUGACAAUCAGGAGAUGAGGGACCUCGAAUGGAACGGAAGGGAAAUGCGAAACGCUUUUCAAACAGCAAUAGCAUUUGCAGAAUACCACUUCUCCCGACUUGAAUCAGAUGAGAAGGAGGAACACGAAAGACCCGCGCUGGAGGAAGAAGACUUUAUGCGAGUUGCGGAAGCAGCGAAGGACUUCAAAAGCUACUUGGUUGAGUUGCACCACGGAGAUGGGCUGGUCGAUAGGAAACUUGAAUGGCGCUAA